AUGUCAACUGAAACAAACAACACUGACUUACAACAAUAUCAAAUUGCAAUAAAAAUUGCAGAGGCGCACAUUAAAUUGCUUUCCCAACGUCCUAUUGAAGAAACAAUGGCUUCUUUAACAGAAUUCGAGCAAUUGAAAUUCAAAACUACAAUGGCAUACGCUCUGACGACUCUUCAAAUGUGCUAUUUAAAGGCCAAAGGAGAGAACAUUGAUUCUCAUCCAAACAAACAUUACUUAGAAAAACUUCAAGCUCUAUAUUCCAAGAUUGAUAAAUACAUUGAUUCCCCAAGCAAAUGA